GGUCUGCGGGCGCCCGGUGGCCGCGCGCUCCAAUGGGGCGGCCCGGGAGGCGGGCGCUGCGCCCCGGCGCGGGACGGGAGAAGAUGGCGGUGCGGCGGCAGCUGGUGGAGUUCCUUCGGAACCCGCAGCUCGGCGGGACCAUCGUCGUGGAGCGGCCGCCGUCGCUCGGCCCUGCCGGCCGGGCCGUGCCGCCGACAUCCUCGGCGCCCCCGCAGCUGACGCCGCGGCAGCAGGAGCCGCGGGCGAAGGAGUGGGGCGUGUUCCACUGCCGCGGCUGCUGGACGGUGCUGGGGGACUCGCUGCACCUCUGCGCGCAGGACCAGCGGCUCGGCCUCCUCGUCUGCUACAAAGUCACCAACGACGUGGUCUGGGAGGAUUCCCUCAUGGUCGGCCUGGAGGAGCCCCUCCUGGGAUGUGCUCACUAUAUAUUAUCCUGUCGGUCAUGUGGCUUGAUCGUGGGCUUUAUUCUUUAUUCUGCCCCUAGAGACCUGGCAUAUCUCCGAGGCUGCUUCUGUUUCUUCAAGGACAAAAUCUUCUGUUAUCUCUUACAAAAUGAAAUUAUAAUAGAAGCUUCUAAGGUGAAUUUUCCUGCUGUGACCUUAGAGGAACGAGUGAAUAAACUGAAAGAAAGGAUUGUGAAGCUCUACUUUCGCAUAGGAUGGGUGAUGAGGCAGCUGGAGGAACUGAAGAAAGAUGAUCAUCUGAUAGAAAGAGAAAUGGUUCAUUAACUAAGUAUUCAAGUGCCAAAUUCCCUCCAAUGAGAGGAACAUAAGAGGAAUUCACUGAUCUUCUGAGAAAGAGACUCUUCAUCCAACUCCCUGCAGCACAGAGCACCACAAACUUAUUUGGUUAUUACCCACUUACUCUACUGUACAGUCUUGCUAAUGCAAGUUAUUUACUAUCACAUGCAAAACAGUUAUUGCUACUAAAGUUCUAUUUUCUUAUUAAAUCAUCUUAUGGCUUUGUUUGCAUCAGGGAUUCCUCCCCCUACAUACUGUGCUAUUUUGCAUUCCAGUUUCAGAGGUAUUUUUCAAUUGAUUCUCCCAAGCACUAAACUACUUUAUUCAAUGGUACAGCUACUUCCAUGUAGAAUUGAACCUAACUCUCAGCACAGGUCCCCCAGAGCUCUGCUGUAAAUGGCCCACCUCUCCAGUUUUCUUGGAAAUCUAUCAGAUGCAGAUGGUUGGUUGGUUGUUUCCCUCUGUUACAUACAUGAACUCUUCACAAAUGACUGGUUUUGCACCAAAGUACGUGCUUCUUGAUUGAUUACUUUAGAGAUAAAUUGUAUAAAAAUUACAAAACCAAGCUACCCAUUCCCUCCCUCCCCCUAAUGGCCAUUUACAGGCAGGUCUCAGGAAAAGAUGCAGUAUCCUCUCUAUGUUGAAAUAUAAUUUUGUUCUUGUGAAAGAGAAAUAGUGAAGAGCAACACUGGCACCAAACAAAGUACUUUUUCCUAGGAAAUCAGAAGAUGCCAUCCACAGAGCAUUGCACAUCUCAAGAAUCAUAUCAGAUUCUUAUUUGACCAGUUCAAGCUGCCCAUUGAGUGCUAAAUCAUUUGGACUUUCCCUGGUCUCAACUUUCCUUCUGAAAAAAGCAGAGGGAGAGACUAAAAUCACUAAAAUUGAGCUUAGAGCUGGAAAGCAAUACUGGAAGUUACCUAAAAUACAGGAUAUUGAAUUCUCAAUAAUACAGGGGUGGGGAAUCUCUGAUCUAUAGGCUAGAGAUAGCCUGCUGCACAGAUACAGUCUGCAGUGUUGUUUUUCAUAAGCCCUUGACUUAAAUUCUUUCUUAUUAUCACCAACAUGAAGAUGUAUGUAAAUGCAGGAUCCACCAAAGGUGUUAAAAGACUCAGUAAGUACUCCAGGCAAAAAAGGUUCCCCAUUCCUGCAAUAAUGGAUAAAAGUCUUCUAUGUAUAAUCGGCAAAUAGCAUUUCGCAACCAUUGACUUAUUUUAUAAUGAGGAUAAUAUUUAGUUAUAAAAUUAUAUAGUCAGAUCUGAAAAAAAAAAAAAAACAAACAGAUUUUGUAUAUUAUCUGAACCUAGCAGAGAUGUGCACAAAAUGCAAACAGACUCCUUAGCAUAUUCGUACUUUUUCUGAGUAUAUCACAGGAUGCUCAACAAUAAAAUUGAAAAUGCUGUACAUGGAAACAAAUACCUUCAAUGGAGACUGAAAAGAAAAGAAUCUGACUGAUAGAGAUGAAAAUUCUGGAUGCUCACAUACACUACCUUACUAUUGCAGUUGGACAGACAGACUAAAAACAAAAACUCAACUAUGACUCUAUGAAGCCCAUCAAGUGAACGUAUUCAAUUUCUAAAGAUAGCAUUGCCACUGUCAAAGGGAGGAUACUGCAUAUUUAGACCAUGUUUGUGACUAUUCCUAUUGUAUCCUUUCUAUUGUUAAUUACAUUAUCAUCACUGUUUAUUAAUAAAUUUGUCACUCUGAAAUUGUAAAAAUACUACUAGGCUCAUGCACUGAUCCUAACAUGGCACUACAGUUUGCUACAAAGCACUAAUGCUUAUGGAACUAUACACAUCUCAAAAUGGAAGACAUUGGUGAUUUUGUUGUUUUCAAACAACUUGUAACAUCAUUUUGUCCACAAGUAUUAAAAUAUAUAUAUAUGUAUAUAUA